AUGCUGAUACUGGGGGUAACAACGACGAAGACCGCCAGUUCAUGGCCACUACUAAAGGGAUACGAAGGAAGCACAACGCAGAAGCUAACACCACCUCAUAUCAAAGUAAGCGGAAAUGCCACCAGCAGCAGACCGGCAGCAAAAGAGCAUUUGCUGGAGACGUGGAGGGGACGACAGUCGACGAGGGCUCGGUCGCUGAAUGGCAACCGUACCGAAGAGGACUCCUAA